GGGAUGGAUAAAUGUGGAGGCAUGUUGGUCUAAACUGGAUGAAUUACAUGAGCGUUAUGUGAGUAACAUUUAAAGAAAAUGGCGGGCUAGGAGCAGACAUGGCGUCUCUUUCUCUGAGAGCACAGUGAGGUAGCCGAAUGUUACCCGGAUGGAACUGUCAUGGCCGCCGUCUCUGACCUGCCAGUCUAAAGAGAAAAGAAAGGAUCCAUUAUAAGACAUGGAGGCUACUUCAGAUGACCCACCAAAAAGCCAUGACCAGAACGGGGAUGUUGAGAGAGACAAUUCAGUCGAUGCAUUGCCACCAUCAAAAGAGCUUGGAACUCAGAGAGAAGAUAUUGCAUAUAAUGACCUAAGUGUCCAAGAUGAAAUACAGUCUGGAGAGUCAGGUACUGAUAACUCUCACACAGAGAGCAAAGCCUCAGAGAAAUCACCAUGUAAGCUCCAACAGGGUGCUAUUUUCUCUGGAAAAAUACUUAGUUUUUGCUGCUUGGAAUGUAAAGGUGAUGCCACUUACAGCCCUAAUGACUUGCUGAAACACUUUCAAGGGGCUCACAAAGGAACACUUCCAACAUAUCCUUGUGAUCUUUGUACUUUCGUUACCAAUGAGUUCUCGUCUCUCCAGCGACAUCGCAUUGGACAUCGUGACACUUUGGUUACUUGUGAGAUCUGCAAUGAUGGAGUCCAGUACUCUCUACUGUUGCUCACCAGGCAUUUCAUUAUGUGCCAUAGCUGUAAUGGACUUUUUCGUUGUAAGAAAUGCGAGUUUUCGACCAGAGAUGCAGGCACCUUUGUUCAGCACAUUCAUCAUCACAACGAGGGAAACCACAAAUGUGUAAAGUGUCCACCCACGAGUCCUACACAAGGGAAGGUCCAGUCUGGGAAAGUCCAAUCAGGGACAUUCCCCUUCACCUGUCAGUUGUGUGGUUAUGGUGCUGCAAGGAGGGAGUAUCUAAGUAAGCAUAUGACUGUGGCUCACGGAGAUGAAGUGGACAGAACAAACAGAUGGAGGUUGAUUGAAGACAAUUCUAGAGUUAAUUCUCCAGGACUAAAGCUGCUGCUUAAAAAAAGUCUUCCUGCUGGAGGGUCCAGGGAACCACAGUGGAUGUCAAAGCUGAAUUCUUAUCCUGGAGUAGGUCUGCUUGAUCACAGUGGGCGAUUAUUUAAUCCUGAGAAAACAUUGGAGGAAACACAACAAUUUCUUGAAAGAGCUGUGGGUGUGAAGAAGGAGUCUAACAAGUGGAGUAAAAGUCCACUAAAGAGUGAGCCACAGUGUUCUAAUCCACCAGUUACAUCCACUACACCACAGCCAAAGAUACAAGAAAAUGAACUCUGUGCUGGAUCUGGGAUUCUAGAUCCUGGUAACAGCAAUGGGUUGACGGUUCUCAUGGUCAAAAAUAAAAUUUCAAUUCCUCCUAAUUGUACCACAAAAGUAAUGGGAUUUAAGAUGGUAGAUGGUAAAAAGCAUUUAGUUUUAAAAGUCAUACCAACAAAACAGGAACCUACUACCAACAAUGACAUGUCACCCACAAAUAAUGUUGAUGAUGAUGAAAAGACCGAUAGCUCCCCGUAUUCCUCACUGUCUGAAAGAUCAGGAUCUCUUCUCAGUUUAGAUUCUGGGACAAACAAAGAUGUUUCUGCCUUACUAAAAAUAGAGACACAUAAUGCAGAAAAUCACAUUGCAGACCAGUCAUCUUUGUUAGAGGACCAUGAAGCAAAUGUGGAACCAACUUCAAACAAGGCUGAUGACGAAGUUCUUGAAAUAUCAGCCGCAUCCGUUACCAACUCUUCGGCAUCACAUUGUGCCGACUUGUCCACAAUAAACAGAGAGGCACAUUUUUCUGAAAACCAGUACAAUGGUUCAAAUUUAGAAAAGAAAUCCUUACAUGAUCAUGAACAUUGUACACAUCAGACCAGCGCAUCUAACUCAACAUCUAAAUCACCUGAGAUCUCUCACACAGACCAAACCAAACCAAAAGCAGCUCCAUUAGAAAUGCUUGCUAAACACAGAACAGAAUUAGAAUUAUCUACUGAUGAUCUUUCCUCAUUAGAAUCAGCUGCUGAGCUCACUACUGUGAGCUCACUUCCUGAGCUCACAGUAUCUGCAAAUGAUGCCACACCGUUGCUACUGGUAGAUGAGGUCACUACCCCGCCUGCCGUAAUCAAGUCUCCUUGUAACUUAGUGGUGAGCAAAGAUUCGGAAUCCUUUGGAGACCAUGGUGCAGAGCAGAUUUCACCUAAAAGUCUGUCCCCCACUUUAGCAGCUGAAAAGAGAGAAACCCCUGUUUGUGAAGAAUGUGAGACUUCAUGUGAGAACACAGCAAUUCCAGCACCCUGUCCAAAUGUAUUGGUAGGUGAGCCCUCUCGGCCUAGUUCAGUCACCGAAUCCUCUCCCAGGAAGGAUCUUGCAGAAAAUGCCUCAGAUUCAAAUAUAAGCCCACUGAAUAAAACAAGUGCUAAUAAUUCCCCUGAUGCCAAAGAUGGUGUCAAAGAAGUUGACACUGCUUUGCAAAAUUCCCCAAAUCAGGAGGUUUUUAGUUUUCACAAUUACUCUAAAGAGACUUUUGGAAGCUCCCCUGAUUUUCUAGAUGCUGAUGAACAUUCCCAAGAGGACUUGGAGGAAGACGAGUGUGAAGAGGAUUUUGAUGAACUAAAGCUGGCUUCGGAUUGGAGUUUAACACUACCUGCCUCUCCACCGCUUGUAGAUGAACAGUCUGAAGAAUAUGUAGGAAGCGGGGAGGAAAGCAGUGUAUGUGUUAAUGAUGCACCUUCUGCCAGUGAGAAUAAAUCAUUAGAAAGAGUGUCUGAUAGCGACAUAGAGGUUGAUGAGUGCGUAGCUACUGUUGAGGAUUUACCCCUUCCAGCGACAUCGGAGACCGACAAGGGAGCAUGUUCUGCAGAAUCGGAGAAAAAGGAAGGGGAUUUUAUGUCUUCUGUGGUUGAGGGUGGUCCUGCAACUUUGAAAAAUGCUGCUGUUUUGGGCAAGAUACUUGAAGAGCAUUCAGAUGCUAUCAUCAGCCAACAGCUAGAGAAAGAAAGGAUGGUAUCUUCAUCUGUGUUGCAGGAUACUAACAGACCAGCAAAAACAACACUUCGGAUCCUGCAGAUGCCUGAGGGAAAGAAGCAGAUGUUCCUUCAAACUAUGGAAGCUCCAUAUGCUGUGCCCGUCCAACUGACAGGUGGCCAAGGUUUCAAGCUUAUUACAAAGUCUUGUGCUUCCAAAGUUAAUGUGUCCUAUGUUAAGCCAGGAAUUGAAAUGACUAGCAAAGGUUCAGGGUUGUCUCUCACACUUAAUGGAGGUAGAAUUGGGAUGUCUGCUCAGAGUUUAAGUGGAGAGGGCAAAGGUCAUUCAUCACUCCUGCAAACAGUGAGCAGCAAUGGAGGCCGGUAUUUUGUCAAUGCUUCUGCCUUGAAAGGGCCUCUCCUCUUAUCAGGUACUGUUAAGUCCCCCUCAGAACAGGCGGUCAACACGCAGCCAACGUGUUAUUUAGUUCAACGACCACUUCCUGUUUCACCCAGUACUGAGUCACCUGGUUCGACCUCAAAGACAGUCUUGACCACUCGCCCAGUACUGGCCAUGCCUGUGAAAUCAGCUGAUAAAGCAGCCACUUUGCGAACUGGACGACAGGCCUACUUGGUUAGGUAUAUCUCACCAGCCAAGUCAGGGAUACUGGUAAAUAGCUCAAAUGAGAAUGGAGCAACACAGGGCAGCCAGGCAAACGAAGGAAGCAAAAGCAGGCUUUUCCUUAAAGUAGUUAGAGGUCCUAAUGGUGCCAGGUUCCUCUCCACAGCUCCAUACACUUCAGCCAAAAAGCCACUGUAUGUGGCCACAAGUUCUCUUCAAUCACCUUACUUUCUCAUGUCUUCAGAAUGGACAGCAGGACUGAAAACCUCCAAUAGUGCUCAUAGCCCCACUCAUAAACGUAUCUCUGCAAAGCUUAAAGACAUUUUACCACAAUCACAUAGUCACCAUCAGAACCAUGUUGAGGGUGGCUUAGUAGAGCAGAAAUCAUCCUUUUUGCAAAGGCAUACCCGUCCACGGAGCCAGCGGAAGAGAAGGAGACGGAUGAUGUUUGAGGAAUCUUUUGCGAUAUCUUCUAAAAUUAGAAGAAUGUCAAGCAAGGCCUUUGCUCUGAAAGAGGUCUCGCCGUUCUGCAAGCCAGUGGCAAAAGAUGUUGAGAGAACUCUUAGACUUUCUCCGUUCAGCCCGUUCCAGCAGAUCAAAUGUCCUCGUCAAAACCAGCCAGUAGUGGUGCUAAACCACCCCGAUGCUGAUAUCCCAGAGGUGACAAACAUUAUGAAGUCGGUUAACAGAUAUAAAGGUGAAGUGAUUAAGGUGGAAUUGUCUGAAAACACAGUCAGGGCACUGUCUGAGUGGAACUUUACUGGUAGUACAUUGUCAAACACUCCUGGUAUCAGUACUGGGUCAAGAGUCCGGCCAUCAGGGAACAAGGUUCGAGAGCGAUUUAUCUUACGACUGAAGUUAAAAAAGACAAGAAGAAACAAAUAUGAGGUAGUGAAGUUGUCCACCAGUACAGGUUCCGAGCAAAUUUCAACGUUUAGUUGUUGGUUUUGUGGCCGUGUGUUUAACAAUCAAGAAGAGUGGAUUGGCCAUGGACAGCGGCAUCUCAUGGAGGCUACAAGAGACUGGAAUAAGUUGUUCUAACGCUGUCUGCUUAUGUAGAUUUCUUUUUUUAAAAUGACAAAAAUAUAUAGUAUUGUUAGAUAUGCUAGAUAUUGCUAUCUAUUUUUUUCCUUUAGAUAUCCAUUCAGAAGAUUUUUAAUGGAUAGGGUAAGAGAAGAAAGUUUGGUACCUGAUACCAAUUUGUAUGUAAAUAUUUUUAAUCCCUGUACAUUGAACUCUAGACCUUUGUGUAUGUAUAUAAUUGAACUGUGAAAACUGGACACACUGUAUGUUUAUACAUGCAAGCAAAAAGAUCACUGGUAUGAAUGGAAGGUGCUGUCUGUAAUAGACCUAUUUCGAUGCAGUCAGUUAACAGAUUUCUCAGGUAAAUUCAGAAUCCAGUUUAUAAAGAGAUCUUUUAUGUUAGCUCAGAAAACAUCUAAAGAUAUAUUCCAUUAAUGGUGUGUUUUAAGUUGGCAGCAUACAUUAAUCUUUGCAAGAGGUCAUAGAGCUUAUUACUUUAUUCAUUACUUUCGAAUUCGUUCUUGCAUAUAAACACGUCCCUUUUUUUAAAAAAAAAAAAAAAUCCGAAUCAUUUCAAUGUUCAUUUUGAACACUGGUCAGUUACUGUAGCUGUAGAAAUAUUUGUGCAAAAGUGAUCUAGAAGCUAAUUAGGUUCCUGUGGAAGCUGUAUUUUAAAAUUGAAAAUUAUUUUCAUACACUGUAUAUGUAUAUCCAUGUUCUUGCGUUUGUUUGUUUGACUGGUGCUAUCCCUUGUUUUCAUAACACGUUAAAACUGACCCAGUGUCGAUUUCGUAGCAAUAAUACAUUUUUACAUAGUUUUAAACAUCUUACAAGCCUGCAGUCAAUAUAAUACCAAAUUUGUGUUUAAUAUGUUUUUCUGCUGUCCUCUCUCUCUCUCACUCUCUCUCUCUCUCUCUCUCUCUCUCACUCUCUCUCUCUCUCUCACUCUCUCUCUCUCUCUCUUUGAAGAAGAUAAAAACCUUCAAAGCACAGUGAUGCUUUACCAACAGAGUAUGUUCCGAUGCAAAUCACCAACCCACCAAAUGGCCAACACUAACUUUAUUUUAGAUUGGAUCUUGUUCUCUUAUACUUGUGUGCCUCGAUCUGCCUCAGUUUUCACCAAGCAGUUGUGCUUUGUGUGUGGUUAGUUUUUUUUUUGUAUGUUUAAAAGGUUUCACUUGUUAAGUGGCAGUUACUUCAACACAAAAAUCUGUUUGUUUUUUAAUGAUUGAAAUUUUAGCCUUUUUAUUAGCAUAACCAGUUUAAAUGCUUGAACUCUAUUUAAAUAGUUUGACUUCCGUGGCUAAGUACACACAGAAUCUGCUGGUCUAUAUUUGUUACUAAGGACUUAUGCAAAUCUAAACUGUUCAAAUGGUCACUUUCGUAACAAGUUCUGCUUUACCUCACAGUUGGCAGCAUUUACAAUACCGUGCGAAUUAAAAGGCAGUUUUUACUUGCCAUUUUACUUAAAUCAUUAGCAUUUAGAACUCCCGUUUGCAAUGACUUUAAAAUAUUCCUACUUUUCAAUUUUGAAAUAUGACAAUCAUCGUCACAAAGCAGUACAACGUUUACUACUGCUUUGCGUUCUGAUUGCUAUGCCUUCAGAUUUUAAAUGCAAAGUUUGAGAAUUUUUUCUGUCCGUUUUAAUGUUUUUCACUCACAGACCUCUACCCUUUAUUCUGCUCUUGUGAUCCUUCCUUAUAACUACCACUACAUUAUGCCAUCCACAAGCAGAAAGCAGAAUCCUCUCACAUGCCAACAUUACCACAACCAAAUACUUUUUUAAAUUAUAAGGCAAAAAAAAAAAAGCUGUUUGAUGUUUAAUGCUAUUGUCAAACAGGAUGUUUGGGAUUGCGAUGUGAAAAACAAAUGUAUUUUUUUAUGCUAAGUGCCUAAAAUGUGACACACCAGGUCGACACUAUAUUGUACUGUAUUCACCUCCUUACAGUUCCUCCUUGAAUAAAUGUAAAUACUUUUAAA